UGAAGAAACAUUGUAACUGUGAGAAGCAUAGGUGCGGCAGAUAUGAUACUAGAAUCUUGGGAAUUGUUGAUCCUUCUAAUACAGUGUAUUGUGGAGUACACAGCUAUGCUUUCUUUACGUCAAAAAGCUGAGAUGCUAAUGAAAAGUUCUGCAUUAAUUGAUGGGCACAACGACCUGCCAUGGCAGCUAAGGAAGAAAGUACACAAUGAUCUUUCUGCAGUUGACCUUAAGACCUGGAAUGUUACUCAGACCAACAUUGAAAAGCUGCGGGCUGGUUUGGUUGCUGGACAGUUCUGGGUUGCUUACGUGCCUUGCAAUGCACAGAACAAAGAUGCAGUCCGUCAUACCUUGGAACAAAUAGAUGUCAUAAAAAGGAUGAUAGACCUGUUUCCGGACGAUUUCCAACAGGCAACAACAGUUGAUGAAAUCAAGCAAGCAUUUAAAAGUAACAAAAUAGCCAGCCUUAUUGGCGUGGAAGGUGGACAUGGAGUUGACAGUAGUCUAGCAGCUUUGAGAAUGUUCUAUGACCUUGGAGUACGUUACCUGACAUUAACACACGUCUGUAAUACACCAUGGGCAGAUACCAGCAGAGUGGACAGUGGCCUUGUGAAGCCUGGUGUCAAAGGAUUGUCUGAUUUUGGAAAAAAAAUUGUGAAAGAAAUGAAUCGUCUGGGAAUGUUGAUUGACCUCUCUCACGUCUCCAAAGAAACAAUGCUGGCUGCACUUGAAGUAUCAGUUGCUCCUGUCAUUUUCAGUCAUUCCUCUGCAUUUGCUCUGUGCCAAAACUACAGAAAUGUCCAGGAUAAUGUUCUUCGUAAACUGGCAAACAAUUCAGGGAUUGUGAUGGUAAAUUUUUAUCCCAACUUUAUUUCCUGUAGAGAAACUGCUACAUUAUCCCAAGUUGCAGACCACCUUGACCAUAUUAGAGAUGUCGCUGGUGCAGAUCAUGUGGGCAUCGGCAGUGACUUCGAUGGUUUUGAAAGGGGACCCACAGGUUUGGAAGAUGUUUCAAAAUUUCCUGAUUUGAUUGCUGAGCUUCUUUCGCGUAACUGGACUGAAAAUGAAAUUAGAAACCUGCUUGGUUUAAACAUUUUACGAGUCCUUCAGAAAGCUGAAGAAGUAAGCCAGCAGCUUCGGAAAGCCAACAAGCCAUCAAAUGAUGUCAUUUCUCAGGAUCGGGUGCAGAGUGUAUGCAGAACAUUUCUCGGCUAUCCAUCUGCAGCUUCUCCCCAUCUCUGCACUCUUCACAUUCUCAGCAUGAUCAUGUUCAUUGCUUCCUUAAUAGUUAAACUUAUUAAUUAAAUGUAACAUUAAGAAUAGAUUAAUAGCAUUUAAUGUACAGAGGACACAUCUAAAGAAGAUUAAUACAAUAGUAGAGUUGGGGAAAAAAUAGAUUUACUCUGAACAUAUCUCUUUGUAAUCAUAGACUCCAAGUGUCUGUACAUUAACUAGCCAAUCCAUACUUCAGUGGAAAAUCAGCAAGAGCAGCCAAUAAGAUGACAACAAAAAGGAGUUUUUAAACUUUCAGACUGCGGAUUAAGCUCAAAGCAAAAAAAUUAAGAAAAUGUGCAAGUUAAUUUUAAAAACAUGAAAUUUUAAAAUAUUCUGAGAUUCAUCUGCAAAAGUUAGUUUUUCUGGUUUAAAGGUGCUCAGUAGUGAAUGAAGGAUUCAAGAAUGAUCUCUGCUACAGAUAAUGAAUGAAUCCUAAGUGACCCAGUUACCUAAUCCAGUGUGCAGAAAAAGUAGUGAGGAAAAUCCUUUUUGCUAACAAAGAAAAUGUAUUCAAAGACACAAUUUACAUGAUUUAUUUUCUGCCACAGAAAUACUGUAGAAUUGUCAGAGAGUAAAAAUAGUUUCUCCUUAGGCAUUGACUUAAAGGAGGAUAAACUAGAUAGGGAAGGGUUAAACUGAAAGAUGAAGAUUUGUUGUCAAUCAUUUUCACAUAUUAUUAAAAGAGAGGUGUGGGGCAAAGCUGGCAGCAGAUAGAUGAGAUUAGUCUGUACAGAUGGGGACCAACACUAGAGUAAGUUGCAUCCAGAAUUAGGUUAAAGUCGAUUACACGUAAGCUGAAUUUACAGCUAAAAGUUGUGAAGAAUGUUAAAAGAACAAAGGCAGCAGCAGGACAAGAUUAUUAUUAUUUGUAGCAUUUUCUUGUCAAAACCCUCCAUUAGAUAAUUCUUUUAUAAUUGUAAUAAUCUUGUUAUACUCUUUUGUAAUUAUUCUUCAUUUAAUUAGUUAUAGUGUUACUUAAUUUCAAUAAACCUUUGAAAAGUAUUCUGUGUGCUACUCUAGCUUUAUUCCAACUGGAUGGAUUCAGUGCCAAACACCAGACAUCAAGCAUUAGGAGAUACUACACAGAGGAUGGAGGAGAU